AUGAAGUCCAUCGCUAGAGUAGCCGUCACUUCGAUGAUGGCAUUCCUUACCCAAAGCGCAUCAGCGACACCGGCCACCUACUGCACCGGUGACUUCAACGACGUAUGCUACGGCUGGGGCGUCCCAGAGUCAACCGCCGUUUCAGGCUCUGGCAGCAUCUUCUUUCGCCUCGAAGCUCCCGCCGACUACCAAUGGGUCGCCCUCGGAACAGGGAGCGGCAUGAGUGGUUCUACCAUGUUUGUCCUGUACCAGGAUGGCUCCGGAAACGUCACUCUAAGCACGAGGAAGGGACAUGGGCAUGACAUGCCCGAGUACAGCCUGGUGCAAGGUGUCAAGUUGCUCGCGGGAACUGGAGUCUCCAACAAAACCAUGAUUGCCAAUAUCCAAUGCGAUGGGCUUACCAAUAUGGACUUUUCUGGAUCCAACCAUUGGAUCGGGGCAUGGAAGAAGGGUCAAUCCUUGGACUCUGCCAACGUUCGCGCCUUCAUUGAAGAGCACGACGGCACGGACGAGUUCUCGGUCGACUUUGCCAAAGCCAGCAUCAGCGCCGACCAGAACCCCUUCACCAAUUCAUCGAGCAAGCAGGCCGGCUCUGGCUCUGGCAACAGUGCCGUCUCUGGCGGCGGUGGCGAAGACCACAGUGGGACAAUCCAUGGCAUCAUCAUGUCGAUAGUCUUCCUGAUAGGGUUCCCCAUCGGGUCCGUGCUGAUGCCUUUGAUCGGUAAAUGGCUUGUUCAUGCUGGUUGGCAGAUCAUCGUCUUUGCAGGCAUGUGGGGUGGUUUCGGCAUUGGCAAGAUUGCCGCCGACAGAAACGGCCAGUGGUUCAACGAGCCUCAUGUGCAGCUCGGUCUAGCCAUCUGUCUCCUCAUGAUCCUGCAGCCUGUGCUGGGUUGGUUACACCACCGCAACUUUGUCAGGCACCGGAAGCGAACCCCUGUCAGCCACGGACAUCUCUGGUACGGGCGAGCGUUGAUGAUCAUUGGCAUCAUCAACGGAGGCAUCGGACUGCAACUGGCCGAAGCCUCUACCGGCCUGAUAGUUGCAUAUGCCGUAGUUGGAGUUGUCGUGUUCUUGUCGUACGUGGCGGGGGCCGUUCGCAAGGAGAUGAUGCGGCAGAAGGGUAAGAAGGGGAUGGAGCAAAUCGAUUGCAACUCUAGCAGUGCUCUCGAGUUGAUGCCAUGA